AACCCGGGCUCGGGGGCUCGCGGCGGACCCGGGCGUCUAUCUCGGUGGCGCCGCCGGAAGUGGGGUCGCCGCGGGCCGCCGCGGGAGCGCGCACCCGGAACAAUGCAGUCGCCACCUGGCAUCCCUGUGCCUGUGCCUGUGAUCCGGCUUCCCCGGGGUCCUGAUGGCUUCAGCCGUGGAUUUGCCCCUGAAGGACGCAGGGUCCCCCUAAAGUCUGGUGGUUCUGAACUCCAAGAAGGUCCUAUGAACGAAGACUCUCCAGAAACCCAGGAGCAGCGAGCCCGGGCCACACUCCGAGAGCGCUACCUUCGCAGCCUGCUGGCCAUGGUGGGCCGUCCAGUGAGCUUCACCCUGCACCAGGGCGUGCUCGUGGCUGCCCAUUUUGGAGCCACUGACCUGGACGUGGCCAACUUCUAUGUGUCGAAGCUGCAGACUCCCAUAGGUGUGCAGGCUGAGGCAUUGCUUCGGUGCAGUGACAUUAUUUCUUACACCUUCAGGCUCUGAAGAAGAACCUUCCCCCAGCCCUGCCCUUUUAACUGUGUGGCCUAGCCCACCAUUCCAGGCCUCCAAAGGGCCCAGGCCAGGACCUUGGCCCAUGAAGGUCUCUGCCUCUUUGAGUUCCAAGUCAAGCUCCAGCGCUGUUCCCACCUCCAGGGUCAGUGGAGAGAAACCACAGCCAUGAGUUUUAGGUCCCAAGGGAAGGAACCUGAAAGGUAUUCUACCUCAGAACUGGGUCCUGCAGAACCGGGCCCGGUGGGAAGGAGCGCACUGAAGGAAGCCAGCUACCUAAGGGAGCUGUUUAUUGAAUUGGUUGAAAAGGUCACCUACCCUGAAGAGUCUUCUUCUCCCCCUCCCCUCCCCCUCUGAUGCCAAAGAAGCUAUUUUCCACGGAAAA